AUGAUUUUCCACGUUGACCCGACAGAUAUUGUUCUGUUUAUAAAAGUACGACAAUACGCCAACAAACAAAAAGUUGGCGAGCUGAACACAAAGCCGCAAGGACUUUGGGAAUUAUUAUGGGGGCAUUUCUUCUUUGCUGGCUUCCCUUCUUUAUCUGGCAAGUACUUGACAACGGCACUGUGCGGUGAAGCAUGCGACUGUCCUGACGCAGUGGUUUCAAUAUAA